ACGCGCUCGGGGACUUCCGUUUCCGGUUCUGACGGACGCGUCGGCCGGAGAGAUGAUCGGAGACAUCCUGCUGUUCGGGACGCUGCUGAUGAACGCCGGCGCCGUGCUCAACUUUAAACUGAGAAAGAAGGACACACAGGGCUUUGGGGAGGAGUCGAGAGACCCCAGCACAGGUGACAACAUCCGGGAGUUCCUGCUGAGCCUCCGUUACUUCCGCAUCUUCAUCGCCCUGUGGAAUAUCUUCAUGAUGAUCUGCAUGAUCCUGCUGUUCGGCUCCUGAGUCCCAGAGCCCGCGCCGGGAAUGCCCCGCCAGCCGCCGGCCAGCCCCUCUGGAUCCGACGCCUUCCAGGAUGUGGUCGAGCAGCCUAGCCAGCGACCUUGUCUCCACUGCCUAAGCUCCCGUGGGCGGACAUGCAGCCGCGGCCUCUGCUCGGGUCUCGGACGUGGGACUGUGUCCUGCGGGCUUGGGGUGGGGACUGUCGCAAGGGGCUGUGAUUUUUUUUAAAAAAAGAAAAAAGCCUUCCACGGAGAGGAGAGAAAAAUGGAACCCAUCUUUUCAUUCUGUUGGCAUCCUGCCUCUGCCCAGCCGGCCCGAGGACACCUGCUUCCACGUCCUUUGGGGUUAGAAGCGCCAGGAUUUGGUAAAAGCUGCUUAUUGCUGUUGUUGAAGCAGGAGUGCCAGCAGAAGGGUUCGUUUGAGUUGGGGUGCAGCCACUUUGAGCAGCACUCGGGCUGACGGGGUCCCAGUGGGAUGGGCCCUUACAGCCCGGCCGCUGCAGGGUCCGCUGGAGAAGCUGGGUGUGCUAUAAUGGGGUCACCGGCCUUCCCGAGGAGACACCGGACUGAUGGCGGGGAGGCCGGGAGCGGGCCCGGUGGGUGGCCCUCCGGAGCCCCGGCCACCUCUGCUCUGGACCUGUCCGCUGUGCAGCCACCCGAACGGGAAUGUUUUUUGGGUUGGUUGGUUGUUUUUUUCUUUCAGUUCCCUGGUGGUCGUUGGGUACCCCAUUUGGUCUACCCUGCCAGCAGGGGGAUUUUGAAAAUGAGCCCCAAAUAAAGCUCGGCUGAAGAAACA